AUGCCCCUCUGCGGAAGUUCACCUAAAACGAUUCAGAGGAAAAUCGUCAUUCUAGGAGACGGUGCGUGUGGUAAAACUUCGCUAUUGAACGUUUUCACAAGAGGCUACUUUCCGCAAGUGUAUGAGCCAACCGUUUUCGAAAACUAUGUUCAUGACAUAUUCAUUGAUGGACAAUCUGUCCAGUUAUCCUUGUGGGAUACAGCAGGGCAAGAAGAGUUUGAUCGAUUGCGGUCUCUUUCAUAUUCAGACACUCACUGUAUAAUGUUGUGUUUCUCUGUGGACUCGCCGGACUCACUUGAAAAUGUACAAUCAAAGUGGGUGGGAGAGAUUGCCGAUCAUUGUGAGGGUGUGAAGCUUGUUUUGGUUGCAUUAAAAUGUGAUUUGAGGAAUGACGAAGAUGAGGAGCACCAAACUCAACAAUUCAAUCAGGGUAACCCAUACUCGUCGCAAAGGAGACUCAUCAGCUACGAACAAGGAUUAGAGGUAGCGAAGAGGAUAAAUGCAUCAAGGUACUUGGAAUGUUCGGCUAAAAAAAAUAGAGGAGUCAAUGAAGCAUUUUCAGAGGCAGCUAGAGUUGCGUUGAACGCAAAGCCAAAGGGAGCAAACGACGAUGUACAAGAGUCAAAAAGUUGUGUAGUAAUGUAA